AACCUCUUCAACUUCAGCGUAUGGCAGUCCAAACCUGCCCCUGAAUACGCAGGCGCUAUCCAUUUACAGUUGAUGUGAUGCUUAUAAGAAUGAUCUCGUUGUCAAUAGCUGCAAAUGCGUCCGCUCCAAAGAAAAAAUUCACAUCAGAACAGACGGCCGCACUGAAAGCUCAUUAUGAGGAGAAUGACAGGCCUUCCGAUGCCAUGUAUAGGGCGUUCAGCCAGGAAGUGGGAUUGACAGAAAAACAAAUCAGAGACUGGUUCAGCCGUGAGCGAUCUUCUCGCAAACGCCGAAUGGCAAGCGGCACGCCCGACCUCGACACCAGUGCAUCAUCAACGACCAACUCCCAAACCCCGGCGACGUCUCUGCAAGAUGGCCCUCCAGCUGCAGAUGGAUUCUCGGCCUACGCCUCCCUUUCACAAUCGGCCCAUUCUGGUGCAUCGAACCCUUUUACUGCGAUGAGCGCCUACCAUCCCGCAACGAGCUCGCUUCCUUCUGCCCCAAGCAUUGCAAAUCAACCUCUCGACCUUUUCUCUCGAGGCAAGAACCUGUCCACGGAUAUGGUGGCGCAGUUCCUUGGUCGACUGAAUGGGUCCUACGCUGCAGUGGAUAAUCAACUAUCGGCUUCUAUCGCUCCUCUGACCACCGCCUCUUGGAUGCCCACGGGGUACCCGUCACCCAUUUCCUCAGCAACGGCUCUCCCAGGCCAAAUGUCGACCACCUCGUCGGUUCCAUCUGCCCAAGCAGCGGCAAAGCCAGCAGCCACCCAGAUAGCCCAGCAAGCUUUCACUUCCGCAGGUCCGGAUGUGGUCACCGUUCCAGACGAUGGCCCGUUGUUCACACCUGCAAGAUCCCCAUCACCUCAGCAGUUGAUGGACGUUGACAUUCCCGAGGAGACGAAAUCUUUCGACGAGAUGCUUGCACCUUUAUUGGACGCUCGGGGGCAGCUCAGUGACGUCACGCACAUGUCGCAAUUUACGAAACUGGCGGGGUCAAUUUCAGAAUGGUCGGAGCGACAGGUGGUUCUCCGAGUUUUGUCAGACGCGGAAAACACCGAAGUUUGGAAAAGUUUCCUAGGUUUGAACGGCCUGAAGCUUGUGACGAAGAUGCUGCUGCAAGCAAAGAAUCUCAUCUCAGACGUGGAGGCGGCUGCGGCAGCCGUCUCAGCUCUGGGCCUCCUAGCAAAAUUGCCAGUCGAUGUCAAUGAACUUCGUGAGGUAAAAACUGGGAAGGUCGUAAAGCAUUUCGCCUCGAUGACAGAUAGCGAAGCUGUGCAAAGCGCAGCGUCUAAGGUCAUGAGUAGCUGGCAAGCUUUGGUCGCAAAGCCGAAAGAAGUUCCAGCUGGUUCCGAAGGAGCACAUGCAGCCGAUAACGAAAAGAAGCGGGAACGGGAGAGUAGUCCGACUGAGCCUGGAAAUCUGGCCAAAAGAGUAAAGGAUUCGAAGGACGCGCUACCUACAUCGAACCCAUCCGCCGUCGUGGACGAUACGGAUAUCUUCGUAUCAUUAUCCAACGCGAAUCUACCCAAAAUCAAAAAGACGGACGGCGCCGCCCCGGCUAAGAAUACGGAAGUACGAUCACCCGACAAGCUCAAGGAACAAGUACCAUCGCCGCAAAUCAGAUCUGAAAAGCUGGAGCCUGAGAAACUUCCAAGCUAUCGUGCAAAGACAGACAACCCAGCGACUUCCGACGCAGGUGUCUCGGCUGGCAAAAAACGUGUCAGAUUCGCCGAGGGAGACAAAUUAGUGGCUGUGAGAUACUUUGAGAAAGAUGAACAUCUUACCGACAAUGAGGCACAGAAAGUUACACCCCAUCAGAUGGGCAACGCGAGAGAUCUUGAUCGCCAGGAAGGAAAACGUGCAUUCCAGCGUGAUACUGUUCCCGUUGACAAGUGGACCCCGCCACCAGUACUGAACUGGAAAGUAAUGAAUGAUGUAACGAAGAAGCUAGAACCGAAGACGUUGGAGUGGGGCAACGAGUCUGAAGAGCAGAAAGUGCAAGACCAACGCGAGCGGACGACUCUGGGCACCUAUUACACUGACAAUCAGCAGAUACCGCCCACUCCUUCCGAGCCAGAUACGGUCCAUUCGUCGUCACAAUCUACUUCUCCCAAGGAGAUUCUGUGGGAACCACGUCCCGCGGCGGCCGCUGUUCCUGCACCAGCUGCACCUCCCCCAGGUCCAGCAAUGCAACAACUUCAAGCCCUGAAUCCUGUACUCUUGCAGCAAAUUCUCGCGGUUGUGGGGCAACAACAAAAUCCCGCAGCGACGCUUCUCGCGGCUUUGGGGCAACAACAUAUACCACCAUCGAUACCGGGGCCUCUGUUUAGUGGCUUUGGGAACUCACUUGGUGGACUAACCGGUCAGCAACCUGGAAUGCUGGGACCACUGGCCGCACCACAGCAACAACAACCACCGACGUACGAUUCCGUUUUGGCUCAGUUAUCACAGGGGACACACGCUCCAGCCGCCCUCGGGUUAUCGAACGUGGGCCAAUUCGCUCAGCAUCACCAGCGUUUCCCGUCUCCACAAGUUCAGCAAUCCCCUCUUCAGGGCGGCGCAGGGCCAGUACAAGCGGGGCAACCUCACCAAAUGAACGGCCACCAAAACGGUGGACAGGGGCGGUGGGGAAACAACCGAGGGCGGGGACAAAGCAACGGCGUACCAAACACCACGGGUCCCACGAGGGGGGGCUUCAAUCGAGGUGCACGUCCCGGACCGUAUGAUCGCCCACCGAACAACAAGGGACAUCCGCAAUACAAAAAGCUCCCUUGCCGAUUCUUCCAACAAGGCACUUGCAAGUUUGGGGAUGAUUGCUCAUACCGUCAUGACAUGCAGUGAAUCAUAGUCAGUCGCCGGUGGACCUAUGUAUGUAUACCUUUUCAUGUAAUUUUGGUAGUCCGCGGGCAAAUAUACACAAAUCCCAUCCCCCUUCAUCAUGACCUUUGGGUUUGGGUUCUAUGUUUGGAUCACUUGUUUCUCUCGGGCGAUAUUUCCAAAUUCGGAGCCGGGCACGGAGAAAGGUAUGACUGCUUGG